AUGGAGUGCCUGUUCCCCACCCCACCCGGGGAGGUCUACAGCGGUGACCUGCAGGACGGCCUCCUGAGCCCCAACCACAGCCUGCUGCCUCCUGACCUGCUGCUCAAUGUCAGCCAUGCGGCCUUCCUGCCCCUCGGGCUCAAGGUCACCAUCGUGGGGCUCUACUUGGCUGUGUGUGUCGGGGGGCUGCUGGGGAACUGCCUCGUCAUGUAUGUCAUCCUCAGGCACACCAAGAUGAAGACAGCUACCAACAUUUACAUCUUCAACCUGGCCCUGGCAGACACCUUGGUGUUGCUGACACUGCCCUUCCAGGGCACAGACGUGCUCCUGGGCUUCUGGCCAUUCGGGAAUGCCCUGUGCAAGAUAGUCAUUGCCAUCGACUAUUACAACAUGUUCACCAGCACCUUCACGCUGACCGCUAUGAGUGUGGAUCGGUAUGUAGCCAUUUGCCACCCUAUCCGCGCCCUCGAUGUCCGGACGUCCAGCAAGGCCCAGGCUGUCAAUGUGGCCAUCUGGGCCCUGGCCUCUGUCGUCGGCAUCCCGGUGGCCAUCAUGGGCUCGGCACAGGUCGAGGAUGAAGAGAUCGAGUGUCUGGUGGAGAUCCCCACCCCGCAGGACUACUGGGGCCCCCUGUUUGCUGUCUGCAUCUUCCUCUUCUCCUUCAUCAUCCCCGUGCUCAUCAUCUCCAUCUGCUACAGCCUCAUGAUCCGGCGGCUGCGGGGUGUCCGUCUGCUCUCCGGCUCCCGAGAGAAGGACCGGAACCUACGGCGCAUCACACGGCUGGUGCUGGUGGUAGUGGCGGUGUUCGUGGGCUGCUGGACGCCAGUCCAGGUCUUCGUCCUGGUCCAAGGCCUGGGAGUCCAGCCGGGCAGUGAGACGGCGGUGGCCAUCCUACGUUUCUGCACAGCCCUCGGCUACGUCAACAGCUGCCUUAACCCCAUCCUCUACGCCUUCCUAGAUGAGAACUUCAAGGCCUGCUUCCGCAAGUUCUGCUGCACGUCUGCACUGCGCCGGGAGGGGCCGGGGUCUGAGCGUGUGCGCAGCACGACCAAGGAUGCGGCCCUCGCCCACAAGACCUCAGAGACGGUGCCGAGGCCUGCAUGA